CUUUAUUAUGGAGUUGUGUUGACUGUCAAGAGAUGGAGAAUGCUGGAGGCCUAGACUCGAGGUUUCAGGGCUGCGUCAUCAAGCGCCAGGGUCCGGCAGGGGGAUGACGCCCAUCAUCCUCCAUUCACACGCAAGGCAGCACUCCCGUCCCGCGCGCCGUGUCGCAAGCAUGCAGUGUUACCUGGUCGUCGCGUAGGAGAGGUGAGAUGGCUGUGUCACAUCCUUUCCUGUUUCUUUCUUCCUCAUCGCAUCCCUUCCCUCUCUGCCGCAGCUGUCUCCAUAACCACCCAACCAACAGUACCAAAUCUACAUCGCAAACAUGUGUCUUGUCACCUCACCCAUCGAGAGGCAACUCAGGGAUGACGAGCCGCCUCGUUCCGUCAGCUACUAUCGCCGCCCACGCAGUUCCGGCCGCGCGAGCUAUCGCAGCAGGAGUCACACCAGCAGCUCCGGAACGGCAAGCAAUCCAUCAACCAGCAAGGAUUACUUUGUUCGAUCCCAUCGCUCCUACACCCGGUGAAGAGGCCGCUUUGCUUGAUGACGAUGAUGAUGAUAAUAAUGAUGGCGGAAAUGUCACGAGCGCUAUGCAUGCUACGAUAAGAAGUUCACGAGUGUACGAUACGGAGGGAUGGCUGGGAUUUGAUCGGGUUGAGAUGGGAGGAGAGCAUGAUGAUGCGAUAUGCUCUCUUGGACUGUCGGGAGGUUGAUUUCACGUGCCAUCCCUGGGUUGGGCAUUUACCCUUCUCUAGCUACCUUAAUCAUGAAUGACACACUUCUACCGUA